AUGGCGCAAAAAGCCACCAAAACCCUCGCGGCCUCCAACACCGCCCGCCUGAACCAAACCCUCUACUUCACCCUCUUCAUCCACGGUAUCUACUGGCUCCUCCGCGCCAUCCUCUUCCACUCCAGCUUCACCCGGCGCUCCCUCCUGCUCUACCUCUUCCUCGCCUCCCCCCAGAUCCUCAUCCAAUUCGCCUUCGAGCGGCAAUCGCGCCCCACGCUCACCGCCGACGGCGCCAUCAAGCGCGCUGGCGAAGACCUCGAAGCCAAAGGGCUGACAGAAUACAUGUGGGACGUCAUCUACUGGACAUACGGCGUGAUAUUCUUCGCGGGCGUGCUGGGCGACAAGGCGUGGUGGCUGUGGGGCGUGAUUCCGCUGUACAGUGCGUAUGCGGCUUGGACGACGUAUACGGGUAUGCGGGGCGGGUUUACGGAUGCUGCGGGCGUGCCGCAGCCUGAGGCCGGGACGAGUAAGAGGCAGGCGAAGAUGGAGAAGAGAGGCGGGGCGAAGGUGCAGUAUCGGUAAUGGCUGGGACGGAGGUGCGCGCACGGCAGAUGGGCGGUUGAGGUCUAGAUGCACACAGCAGGGACUGUGGGUUCACGGGGGUUGGGGUGCGUACGGAAUGCAUGUUGUAGCCAGUGCAUGGAUCGUGCGGCCGAGCCUAUGCUAGAAGGCUGGGGUGGAACACUGUGCGAGUGCGAUGAGUGUGGUGAUCUGGAACAUGGUCGCAUUCGUGUAGCAGGACAUGUAAGACCGUUCAGUUGGAUAGUAGCAUAUGCAAGGCGUUCGAGCAUGACGAUAGGAAUGCUAGAUGCCGACAUGGUGGGGGAACAUGGCCUCGAACGUUCUUCUUGAACGGUGAACGAAAUGUACUGCCAGCAUAUACCGGCUUGACUAGUCCGUGGACUAGAUCGUGCAUGUAGGAUAUUUGCAAUGUUUGUGAUUGCCAAUCGAUGAUAUUGGCCAGCCUCAAUGGCUAUACUACA